AUGGUCGACUCUCGUGUACUUGAAGCCCAAGUAUGGGUCAACAAGACCUAUAAGAAGAAGAUCAACGACGAGAGCCGAUUCCCUCCAAUCCUUGAAGAUGGGAUUACCGGCUGGAACACCAUUCACGCUCUCAUUCGCGCCCUGCAGUGGGAGCUCGGCAUCGAGCAGCUCUCGGAUAAUUUUGGGGACGCGACCAUGGCGAAUCUCGAAAGCGCCGGAGGAAUUGGAGACAUGAAUGGCGGAGACAUGGUCCAGAUUGUCCAGUGUGCAUUUUACUGCAAAGGAUAG